GAGAUUGAUCUUAUAUGUUUCUGAUCAAAAAUGGAAACCAGAUUGCUGCAUAGCAACCACACCCAUGAACUUGGUAGAUGUCAAUCAUCGGUCCAUCAAAUUCCCUUCCUGCAUCCAGAGAAAAAAAAAAGAGUUCUAUUCUGAAACAAAAAAAGGGUAAUACUAAAAAAUUAUUCAAUGAAAAAUGUAGUUAAACAAUAGGCAGCUCAUGGCAUAGCCUAGUUGUUAACCUCAUCUCUACUCAGACUUGGAAGUUCCAAGUAGCUCGCCCUUGUUGACCCGAGUGCUGAAAAUUCAGGUUCUUUAGAGAGCAUUGAGUUUAAAGUGUAACAGUUUCUUUCUCAAACUGUGUCUGAUUAGACAGAUCUUGUUGAUCGGUAAAUUAGAAUUAGAUUUCAAACCCCAUCUGAUGAAAAUAUGAAGAAUCACGAUGGUUGUAUGGCUAAAGAAAAGGAUGAUAUACCAAGCCCGAUUAGUGGUCCAAUUUUCGAUUUUUCUGAUCCUGAUCUUUUCUCAGAAGCCCUGCAAAACUCUGAGGUCACUUCGUCUAAUUAUUGCUAUGAAGAGAACUCCUCCUAUGGCAAUAAUCUUACCAUACCACCAGACAUUGAAAAACUCAAUGGCUACCAAGAUAACAAUGGAAAUACUAACUCAGCGACCCCCACUGCCACCAGCACUACCACCACCACUACAAGCACCAACACAACCGCCACAGCAGCCACUAACCAUAACAAUAGCAAUCUGUCCAUAAUCUUUGAUUCCCCAGAUGAGAUCGACAACGACAUUUCUGCUUCUAUUGACUUCUCUCAAUCCCCUUCUUUUUCUGUGCCUCCAUUUCUAACUCAACAAGACCAAUUUGACCUAUCUUUAGUGCAAUCUCAAAUCCAAUUAGCUGAUGUUGCAGCUGAUGGGCUCUCACAGUACACUGCUGACCCUGUUGCCCCUCUUAUGGGGCUUCCGUUACCAUCUGUUUUCGAUGAAGAUUGCUUGUCUUCUGUGCCUUCUUAUGUACCUUUAAACCCAUCAUCUCCUUCUUGCUGUUUUCUUAGUCCUGCCAUGGCUACUUUCAUGCCUGCUGGGGCUAUGACUACUGCAUUGUCUGCUGACAGUUCUGGGAUUUUCGCUGGGAGCAUUCUCAUGGGUUCUGAACUGCAACCACAAGAGUUGGAGUAUCAGGGUGAUAAUGGAAUUUUCUGUCCAGAUUCAGUGCAGCGCGUUUUUAACCCUGGAGACUUGCAGGCCCUCAGCAGUGAGAGUCAACAACUGGUGGGAGCGGCUGCCAGCUCUACUCCUUUAGCAUCAGAGAUCUCGAGUUUGGAAGAUUCAACUUUCAACAAAGUAGGGAAACUUUCUGUUGAACAAAGGAAGGAGAAGAUCCAUAGGUACAUGAAGAAAAGGAACGAGAGGAACUUCAGCAAGAAAAUCAAGUAUGCCUGCCGCAAGACGCUAGCGGACAGCCGACCUCGAGUUAGAGGACGAUUUGCAAAGAAUGAUGACUUUGGAGAGACCCCUAGGCAAGCCUGUAGCAAUCAUGAAGAAGAUGAUGAUGAUGAAGUUGUUGUGAAAGAAGAGGAAGACAUGGUUGAUUCCUCAGAUAUCUUUGCUCAUAUUAGUGGUGUCAACUCCUUCAAAUGCAAUUACCCUAUCCAGUCCUGGAUUUGAAUAGUUUUUCAUUAACAACAAGUCUACUAAAAUUUUGCAGGACCCCUGUUUCAGACAGGAUUUCUUCAUCCGGGUUUGGUUUUAAAAAAAAAUCAACAAAAAGGGAAAAAAAAAAGGAAAUAAUUGGGUCCUAUGGUAUACAAAUAAUCAAGUCAGGAUACCAUAGACAGUGAAUAAAAAAUUUGUAACUUUUUGUAGAUAUGUAUAUCAGCCCCACUUGUAUCAAGUUCAAUGUCUGUAAUCUGCACAAUUAACAAUCCUAAGGCAUUCUACUUGCCAGAAAUCACUAGCUGAAGAGAUUAAUUUAUGUUAGAGUGUGAGUUCAAACAAACA